AUGAGCUUCCACCUUACCGCUGAGGACAUUGUCAUUGAAGACAACCACAUCCUCAAGGCCCAGCUCCGGAACGGAGACGAUGAGCUUGUCGAAUCAACUAUCGACCUGAAUGAACAUCUUGGGAACAACGGUGGAAACUUCCACUGGGACGGCGAGAACUUCAGCGAGACCGCCCAGGGCGUCCACUUCGCCAUUGAGGGUGAUGCGGAUGUCCCUGUUCUUCGCGGAAAUUUGCUGGGCGUCGAUGGCAACUGGGAUUCCCGUGACCUUAACCUCGCCGAGCGUGUUGUGAACAACAACGGUCAAUUCGAAUUCCAGUAA